UGCGAUGACGGAUUAGCCCCGCCUCUAUCAGGAAGCUGGCUGUCAUGUGACUUGUUUGUUGGCUAUCUGCUGCUGUACGGACCGCAUCAUUUCAUUACGGCGACAAAUAAACGCUUGUCCUGGGUAAUUCCCCCUUUCCCCCCUCUGUCCACCUCGCUCCCUUCUCCGCCAUGGACGAGACGAGCCCGCUAGUCUCUCCGCUUCGCGAUUCCAACGAUUUCAGCUACGGUCCCGCCGAGCCGACGAGUCCCCGGGGCGGAUUUGGAGGGACGCCGGGCUCCGUGGUGCGUCUGCCGGCUGGGAGUCCCGGACGCAGCCGCGAGCGACAGCCGCUCCUGGACCGAGACCGAGGCGCGUCGGCCCGCGACCCGCACAGGAACGAGUUCCCGGAGGAUCCGGAGUUCAGAGAGAUCAUCCGGAAGGCGGAGCGGGCCAUCGAGGAGGGCAACUACCCCGAGCGCAUCUAUCAGGGCUCCAGCGGCAGCUACUUCGUCAAAGACUCAGCAGGGAAAAUCAUCGGCGUCUUCAAACCAAAGAACGAGGAACCCUACGGCCAGCUGAACCCCAAAUGGACCAAAUGGCUGCAGAAGCUCUGCUGUCCGUGUUGUUUCGGCCGGGACUGUCUGGUCCUGAAUCAGGGCUAUCUGUCAGAGGCCGGCGCCAGUUUAGUGGACCAGAAACUAGAGCUCAACAUCGUGCCACGCACAAAGGUGGUGUAUUUAGCAAGCGAGACGUUUAAUUACAACGCCAUCGACCGAGUAAAGUCUCGAGGAAAGAGGUUAGCGCUAGAAAAAGUGCCCAAGGUGGGCCAACGGUUCCACCGGAUUGGCCUGCCACCCAAGGUGGGCUCAUUCCAGCUUUUCGUAGAGGGGUAUAAAGAUGCUGAUUUCUGGCUGCGCCGGUUUGAAGCGGAGCCUUUACCAGAAAACACUAAUCGCCAACUCCAGCUACAGUUUGAGAGACUGGUGGUGCUGGAUUACAUCAUCAGAAACACAGAUCGAGGUAAUGACAAUUGGCUCAUCAAAUAUGACUGUCCGAUGGAUACAUCAAGCAACAGGGACAGUGAUUGGGUGGUGGUGAAGGACCCCAUCAUUAAACUUGCAGCCAUUGACAACGGUCUGGCCUUCCCUCUCAAACACCCAGAUUCAUGGAGAGCCUACCCAUUUUACUGGGCUUGGCUGCCGCAAGCGAAAGUUGCAUUUUCCCAAGAGACCCAAGAAUUAGUUCUGCCCAAAUUAUCCGACCCGAACUUCAUCAAAGACCUCGAAGAAGAUCUAUAUGAGCUUUUUAAGAAAGACCCAGGAUUCGACAGAGGACAGUUCAAGAAGCAGGUGUCAGUAAUGAGGGGUCAGAUCCUGAACCUGACUCAGGCGCUGAGGGAGGGGAAGACCCCGCUGCAGCUGGUGCAGAUGCCGCCGGUGAUCGUGGAGACAGCGCGAGCGCCGCAGCGAGCCAACAGCGAGUCCUACACACAGAGCUUCCAGAGCAGAAGACCCUUCUUCACCUGGUGGUGAUGUGUGUGUACAGCCUGAUUAUAGUUGCGUUUUCGGUGGUUUUUUGUUUUG